AUGUUGGGAGACAAGGCUCAAGGUGUUCCUCUGAAGGUGAUGGAAUACUCGUAUGAUGAUGACCUGGAGGAGCUGUGUCCUGUGUGUGGGGACAAGGUGUCGGGGUACCACUACGGCCUGCUCACCUGUGAAAGCUGCAAGGGGUUCUUCAAGAGGACCGUCCAAAACAACAAGAGGUACACAUGUGCAGAAAACCAGGAGUGCAAGAUAGACAAGACGCAGCGCAAAAGAUGCCCUUUUUGUCGCUUCCAGAAAUGCCUCAACGUGGGAAUGCGGUUAGAAGCGGUGCGUGCGGACCGCAUGCGUGGGGGCAGGAACAAGUUCGGCCCCAUGUACAAGCGAGAUCGAGCUUUGAAGCAGCAGAAGAAGGCCUUGAUACGUUCCAGCAGCUUCAAGCUGGAGACGACUGCUCCUGCACCCACCUCCCCUCUCCAGAGUGACUAUGGUUUCACCAGCUCCCUGCACAGCCUGCCCACUAUCUCCAAAAGCCUCUUGCCAUCCACUCCAACCUCCAUCACCCCCACAGACUACGAGGGCAAUCUCUAUGGACCGCCAUCUCUGGGCAUGGCCAUGCAGUCCCACGUGCCCCUGACCACUCAGUACCAGUAUACCACCUUCCCCGGCAGAGUCAUUAAGGCCGAGUGCCCUGAUUACACCAGCUCCCCUGAGUCUCUGACGGGAUACCCCUACCCAGACAUGUACCCUUCAGGCUCCCCUCAGCCGCCCAGCCUGCCGCCCCUGGUCCUGGAGCUGCUGCGGUGCGACCCAGACGAGCUGGCGGUGCAAAGUAAGAUAGUAGUCCACCUGCAGCAGGAGCAAAAUGGCCGCGGGAGGCUGGAAAAGCCGAGCACCUUCAGCCUGAUGUGCCGCAUGGCGGACCAGACGCUCUUUUCCAUCGUGGAGUGGGCUCGGAGCUGCAUCUUCUUCAAGGAGCUGAGGGUCGGAGAUCAGAUGAAGCUCCUCCAUAACUGCUGGUCUGAGCUUCUGGUGUUGGACCACAUUUUCAGACAGGUACAACAUGGAAAAGAGGACAGCAUACUGCUGGUGACUGGCCAGGAGGUGGAGCUGUCGUGCAUCCUGUUGCAAGCGGAGGGCACCCUGUCCGGCCUGGUGCAGAGAGGACAGGAGCUGGUUACAAAGCUGCAGGCCCUGCAGGUGGACCGCAGAGAGAUCGCCUGUCUAAAAUUCCUCCUCCUUUUUAACCCCAAUGUGAAGCUUCUGGAGAACCAGGCGUUCGUGGAAGGUGUUCAGGAGCAGGUGAACGGGGCCCUGCUGGAGUACACCAUGUCCACUUACCCUCAGUUCCAGGAGAAGUUUGGCCAGCUGGUGCUGCGCUUGCCCGAAUUGCAAGCCCUCAGCACCCAGGCGGAGGACUACCUGUGUUACAUGCACCUCAGUGGGGAGGUGCCCUGCAACAACCUGCUGAUUGAGAUGCUGCAUGCCAAGCGAGCAUGCAUCUGA